AGCGACGGAAGCGGCGGGGGAGCCAGGACUCGCGCCUGCGCAGUGGGGAUGCGUCUCUGAGUUUCCCGGACCGCGGGGGUGCUUGGGGGCCGCGGUGGGGAGGAGUCUGCUCAGCCACCUUUCCCAAAACCACGUGAGCCCACACGUGUCGCGUUGCGAGUCACCUUUUGGUCCUGUCAACUCAGUAGCAAAGCUUCCUAAAGGACCUUUAAAGGUUUUGUGUCCUAGCUCCCCAGCAGAUAAGCCAAAAGUGCUUAGAAACUAUCGUUGGUUCACUCAGAAAAAGAUAAGUUUUCUAUAGACUGGCUGCCAUUCAGCGUUAACCACUGGAUAGAAGGGUGGAAUGUGGAAUCCCAGAGCCCUUUAUUUUUCUCUUAGUUAUCUCCGGGUUAAGGCAUGGAUUACAAAUACCGUCCCUGUGUAAAGUCCAUGUACAUUGACUACUGAUUUAUGCAACGAUGCGAUCUUUGAUGACGACCAGUACUUGCAGGAAACGCGAAUUCCCCAGUUUUACAGGAACGUUGUACAGUUACAGUUUUUUUUUUAAACGGCAGAAACAAUAGCCUUUUCUCACUGUUAGAGUUACAGCCGAUGACCUGAGGGGAUGAGAAGGUUUUUGUUACUGUAUGCUACACAGCGAGGACAGGCAAAGGCCAUAGCAGAAGAAAUAAGUGAGCAGGCUGUGUCACACGGGUUUUCUGCAGAUCUUCACUGUAUCAGUGACUCAGAAAAGUAUGAUCUGAAAACGGAAACUGGCCCGCUGGUGAUGGUUGUAUCCACCACGGGUACAGGGGAGCCACCUGACACAGCCCGCAAGUUUGUUAAAGAAAUACACGACAAGACACUACCCACAGACUUUUUUGCGCAUCUGCGGUAUGGAUUAUUGGGUUUGGGGGACUCAGAAUACACAUACUUCUGCAAUGGAGGGAAAGUCAUUGAUAAACGACUUCAGGAGCUUGGAGCCCAGCAUUUCUACAACACUGGACAUGCCGAUGACUGUGUAGGUUUAGAGCUUGUGGUAGAGCCGUGGAUUGAUGGACUCUGGGCUGCUCUCACAGAGCACUUUAAGUCACUCAGAGGACAAGAAGACAUGAGUGACACACUCCCACGGGCAUCAGAUGCCCCCUUGAGCAUGGCCGUGAAGCCGGAGUUGUUGCACGUCCAGUCACAAGUUGAACUGCUGAGAUUAGAGGACGUGGAGAAAAGGGAUUCUGAGCUUCGGGAACAGAAUGAGACAAACAGGAGUCAAGCAGGUCGGAUCGAAGACUUUGACUCUUCGCUUGUGCACUCGCUUCCCCCACUCUCCCAGAGCUCUCUAAGUAUUCCUGCUAUGCCCCCAGAGUAUUUGGAGGUCCAUCUUCAGGAGUCUCCUGGCCAGGAGGAAAACCAAGCAUCUGUGGCGUCAGUGGAUCCAAUUUUUCAAGUUCCAAUUUCAAAAGCUGUUCAGCUGACUACAAAUGAUGCCAUAAAGACCACUCUGCUGUUGGAAUUGGACAUUUCAAAAAUAGAGUUUUCCCAUCAACCUGGAGAUGCCUUCAAUGUGAUCUGUCCAAACAGUGAUUCUGAGGUAGAAAACCUGCUUCAAAGGCUGCAGUUGGCUGAUAAACGAGAUCACCAUGUCAUCUUGAAAAUUAAGACGGACACUAAGAAAAAAGGAGCUGCCCUGCCCCAACAUGUGCCUGAGGGGAGUUCUCUCCAGUUCAUCCUCACCUGGUGUCUUGAAAUACGAGCAGUUCCUAAAAAGGCUUUUUUGCGGGCCCUUGCGGACUACACCAGCAGUGCCACUGAAAAGCGGAGGCUGCAGGAGCUGUGCAGUAAGCAGGGAGCAGCUGACUACAACCGUUUCAUCCGAGAUGCCAGUGUCUGCCUGCUAGACCUCCUACUCACCUUCCCGUCCUGCCAGCCUCCGCUCAGCCUCCUGCUGGAGCACCUUCCUAAACUCCAGCCUCGACCAUACUCAUGUGCAAGCUCCAGCUUACGCCAUCCAGACAAGCUUCACUUCGUGUUUAACAUCAUAGAGUUUCUAUCGAACACCACAGCGGCCUUACCUCGGAGGGGGGUGUGCACGGGCUGGCUAGCCACAUUGGUUGCUCCAUUUCUUCAGCCAAACACAGAUGUUUCGAAUUCAGAGAGUGGUGCUGCUCUGGCUCCUGAGAUAUCUAUCUCUCCUCGGGCAACAAAUUCUUUCCACUUACCAGAUGACCCAUCGGUCCCCGUCAUAAUGGUGGGUCCAGGAACUGGUGUAGCCCCCUUUGUUGGCUUCCUCCAGCACAGAGAAAAACUCCAAGAACAACGCCCGGAGGAAACUUUUGGAGCAAUGUGGCUGUUUUUUGGCUGCAGACAUAAGAACAGAGACUAUUUGUUCAGGGAGGAGCUCAGGCAUUUCCUCAAGACUGGGGUCUUGACUCACCUGAAGGUCUCGUUCUCCAGAGAUGCUGUACCUGAGGAGGAGGAGGAGGAGGCCCCCGCAAAGUAUGUGCAAGACAACCUCCAGCGUCACAGCCAGCAGGUGGCCAGGAUCCUCCUUCAGGAGAAUGGCUACAUUUACGUGUGUGGAGACGCCAAGAACAUGGCUAAGGAUGUAAAUGACACCCUUGUAGAAAUCAUAAGCAAAGAAGCUGGAGUUGACAAACUAGAAGCGAUGAAGACGCUGGCAACGUUAAAGCAGGAGAAGCGGUAUCUGCAGGAUAUCUGGUCGUGAGACUGGAAGGGAGACACUUGGGUUGGUUUUGGUCGGUUGGUUGGUUUUUCUUGGAGUGCCAAAGGACAACUCUACAGAAGAUGAGUUUAAAAGCUUUUGGACAUGUCUUGGAGGAGGCUGUGUGGAGUACACCCACCUGACAGUCUCACAGGUUGUCUCCCACUCCUUACCUGUGGCCACGCCCAGCACCUCACUGUGUGGAGGGGAAGAGGCAGCUUCCACUGGCACCCGUUGCACAAAGGCUCCCCAAGAGGACAGAUCGUCGACGGCUCACCUGCGCCUGGGCACGUCUUAGAGAGCUUGUGGACAUACUAUCUUUCAUGAAGUAUAUUCAAAGGAUAUUCAUACUGGUGAUAUUUAAAUUAACAAAACAUGCAAAGCAUACUUUUGCAUAUCUUUAUUUAAUUGUGGUUUAUUAUCAAAAUUAUAUUUCUGAUAAAAUAUUUUAAUUUUGAGGUAAUCCUUACCAAAUAAGGGUUUUUAUGCUGCUAGAAAUAUAUUUUGAAAUACAUUUGAAAUUGUACUCUGCCAUUUCCAUCAUGUUAACUUUUAGUGUCGAAGUCUUACAACUUAGGGGCAUUUGCAUUCCCUGACAAAGGACUUCCUAUGGACUCCAUUCAUGUCUGCUCCUCACUAAUAGACUUGGGUUUCCCCAAUACCUGACUGUACUUCUGUGAUUAGCUCAGCUCAAAGAACUCCAGUUAGACUUCUAAUACCAAAUUCUCUUGCAAGUUAUGAAAAUAAAGUAUAUAAAAGGA